AUUUCUUUGAGUUGCUGUUCUUGUUUCUGUUUCGCAGACAAAUGACUUCAAAGCAAGAAAAAGCCCUAAAUUAUGGAAUUCUGACCAACCGUAUUCUUUUUUGUCGAACGAGUGUUGUGAUACUAACCUAAAUAGCAUUAUGACGGAUGCCGCUUCACUAUCCAGAGACGCCGUUCAUUUAGGAGAUGCAGCUAAGUACAUCCAACGACGAAUUCAACUUCGCUACGGGUCAUCGUUUGAAGUUAUCAUGAGUAAAUCUAACUUUGCUCUUUCUACAUUUUAUCACGGAAGCAAUAGCUGCAAAAUUCGAGACGAUAAAUAUUAUUAUCUGGCAUAUGCCACGCCGGUACCGUACGAUCCGUUUGACAUCGAUCAAGAAGAUUUGUUAGCCAGUAUAGAUUCAGAAGAACCGCUGGGAUGUGACAAGUGCUGUAGUAGCGCACUAUUCGAGACGAUGUCUGACGCACUUUAUGAACUGAGCUCUUCACCUCAAUUUAGUUUCACAAGCGUCGGAAAUAUCGCAAGUUUGAUCCAAAGACGUGUCCAACUUCGUUUUUAUCAGUCCUUUGAAGUGAUUGUCUCUACUGGAGACUUUGCCAUCGCGUCGUAUUCGUUUGGUGAUCAGAUAUGCAAAUACCGCGAACGUGGAUUCACGGCCAUCGCAUAUGCCACACCUAUACAGUACGACAUUACCCAAACGGAGGCAGAAAAUUAUUACUCGACGAUCUCAGCUCGUGACAAUCUCGGGGCAUCAGAGCCUUUUCUUCCUGAUCAACGACCGUUCAAUACUCCACUUGCGCUCUAUUCUGCAGGACCACGAGUUGGACUACCAGUGGGGUCUCACUGCUUAAACGAAAGGGCAGGGUCAAAAUGCUGUAGCGUUCCGCUAUUCAAUGCGAUUUACUCAACUUACCAGUCGGUUAUCAGUCAACCAGAUUUUAAUCCGCACGAUAGACGGCUUAUUGCAAGGAUGAUCCAGUUCAAUGCUGAGGACAUUCUACAGAUGAGUCUUGAAGUGUUCGUAGCCCGUGACGAUUUUGCCGUUUCCAGUUCGUAUUUAGGCAACAAUAUUUGCAAAUUUCGUGUUGAUCGCUAUUACAUUAUGGUCUACGCAACACCUGUACAGGUCAGUGAUAGCCGUAUCCUCAGGUUCAUGAGUGAAUUAGACGAACUUAUUUUCUUUUUCUUCUGUUCCGUAAAUACGAAGAGUAUAUUUCAGUACCCAAUACAUAGCGACAUCUACGAUGAUUCAGGACCAGCGAUUCUUCUCGACUGUCCUGCAGAACUGACAACGUUACAAGGUACCUUAUGUUGCGAUGGAACGCUGCAGUAUGAAAUGAAUCGCGUCAUUGACGAAACCGUCAUAAAUCAAUCUUUUGUUCAACGGGAUCGCAACGCCGUUUUACGUAAUGUGCAACGACGUUUUGGCACAACAUUCGAGACGAUUGCUUCAAACGGUGAUUUCGCUUGGAGAACUAAUCUCUACAACGAAAAUACGUGUAAAUUUCAAGCCAAUGGGUACCAUACUUUGACUUUCGAGUCAAGUAAAGAGCCAAGUGUUAGCGAACUAGGAGAACUACCAGAGCAGCCAGAACUUCCACCACCAGAAGUGCUACCACCACAAGUGCCACUGCCACAAGCGCCGCCACCACAACCACCACAAUACGAUUGUGUUUUUUUCGUUUUCUUUUACCUGAACUUUGGAGGUGCAUGUUUCUCAACCGAUACAUGGGUGACCGUCCCAGGUGGCAAAAAACGCAUGGAUCAGCUCAAAGCCGGCGAUUUCGUCCUAACAGCUAAUUUAACAACGGUAUUAUCAUUGUGGAUUCAUCGUGAACCAAAUGUCGUGACAAAAUUCGUGACUAUCAUGACCGACUACGGAAAAAUGUUAGCACUAACACCACGUCAUCUUAUCUUCCGAAAUAAGUGUGAAUAUUACGACGAUCGAGCAGAUGAAUUACCGCCGAAUAGUCAAGCUGUUUAUGCCGAAGAAUUGGAAGUUGGGGACUGUGUGUACCUGCUCUAUAAGGUAAAUUGUUUUAUCGCCAGUAUAUUAAAAAAAAUCGGGUUCAAAACACCUGAGAGUUAUCGUUUUCUCGUAAACACCAUUAGGGGCGCUUGUAACCUAGACCCUAACGAGUACCCGCCGGUACUAUGGAAAAGGCAGAAUACUGCCAAAUUUGUCUGCCAUGGUAGAAACAUGGGUUGA